AUGCCUCGCCCAAAAUCCAUCAUCAUAACCGGCGGCGCAUCAGGCAUCGGCCUAGGCAUAACCCACCACUUCCUCUCCUCCCCCGCAUACACAAACACAAACACUCACGUUACAAUCCUAGACAUCAACCCGUCAGCUGGUGCCAAAGCGCGCCAGUCUCUGCGCUCGCAGUAUCCUACUGCAAGUGUCAGUUUCGAGCACUGCGAUGUAUCCUCGUGGGAGUCGCAGGCUGCGGCUUUUGAGAGGGUGUUUGAGCAGCAGGGGGGUGUGGAUGUGGUCUUUGCAAAUGCAGGGGUUACCGAGUCGGUGGAUUUAGUCAAGUCUGCGCUGUGGAGUGCGAGUGGUGGUGGGCUGGUGAAGCCGGGGUUGAAGACGGUGGAUGUUAAUCUUUCGGGGGUGCUUUAUACUGUUCAUUUGGGGAUACACUACAUCUCUAAGAAUACCCCCACGAUUGCUGGUGAUGGAAAACCGCCAAGCAAGGGUAGUAUCAUUUGUACCGCGUCCAACGCCGGUCUCUAUGCCUUCCCGAUGGCACCGAUCUACUCAGCCACCAAACACGGUGUUAUUGGCUUAGUCCGCUCCUUAGCGCCGGCAUUAGAAAGGGAGCAGAUUCAAAUUAAUGCACUCGCGCCGGCUGUUAUUGAAACCAACCUCGCGCCCAGCUCGGAUUUGUUUAAGGCGAUGAUUCUCACGCCCAUGUCGACGGCUACUAAGGCCGCGGAGCAGUUUGUUGAUGAUUCUUCGUUGACGGGGAACGUUGCUGAGUUGCAUGGGGAGCAUGUUACUUUCGCAGAACCGCCGGAAUAUGUUGAUGAGGAUACGAAGACAAAUAUUGAGACGUUUGCGAAGCUGGGGUAUGCAUAG